AUCGUUAACACCAUAUCUCGUCACUCCAAAGAGGUCAUGAUAAAGAGGACUAAGCUGUAUUUCACAAGGGCCCUUCACCGGAUGCAAAAGGGCCCUGGUUACACCUACAAGGAGCUGCUGGUCUGGUUUUGCAACAAUACUAAUACUCAUGGGCCAAAGCGCAUUGUCUCUGAAGGACCAAAGAAGAGGGUCAUGUGGUUCAUAUUGACUCUGAUUUUUGCAGGACUCGUAUUCUGGCAGUGGGGGCUUGUCAUUCAAACAUACCUGUCCUAUGGCGUCAGUGUUUCUCUCUCCAUUGGCUUCAACACCAUGGUGUUCCCUGCUGUGACCGUUUGCAACGUCAACCCCUUCAAAUAUUCACGUGUUAAG